AUGGGGACCGCCUGUAUGAGGGAGUUGACGAGGCCGCGCACGUUCGACCUUAAGGCUCACGGGAUGGGCGGUGGCAAAGGGGAUAGGGCGAACGGCGGCGAGCAUGGACAUGAACAUAUGAACGGCGGCGACCAUGGACAUGAACAUAUGGACGGUGGCGACCAUGGACAUGAACAUAUGGACGGUGGCGCACCUAACGGGAAUGGGAAGGAUGAAAAUAUGGGGAACGAUAACGAGCAUAAUGGGAUGGGUGAUGAUGCCAACCCCUGA